UUGACGUCCUGUUACUUAAGACUACAAUAACACGUCAGUAACAAAACGGGGACACCUUUAAACACAGGAGGACUUCUGAAUUCAGGUUAAACAUUUGGACUUGCACAGACAAUAUUUAUGAUGACAUUUUGAAGAUGACCAGCACCAAAAGAAGAAACUUAAAGAUUGGUUUGACUCUAAAAGGAUGCUCUUCGGUUUAAGCUUAGCUGUCCUCCUCCUCUUGGUCUCAUCAACUGCUGGUAAACCGUGCACAUGUUCAUCCCUCCUGCCCACGGGUCUGAAAGUCAACUGCAGCUCUCUUAACCUCAUGGAGCUGCCUCGUCUGCCCGCAGACACCACAGAGCUCCAUGUGCAAGACAACCAGCUAACCUCUGUGUCUCCGGGCAUGUUUGACACACUGGUGGGUCUGAAAAAGGCCUCGCUAUCUGGGAACCCCUUCCACUGUGACUGUAGGAUACAAUAUCUGAGGAACUGGCUGCUGAAAAACAAGGCCGUCGUCUCUGAAGAGCCCAUCUGUGCCAGUCCGAGCUCUGUGGCUCAUAUAGCCAUCUCUGAACUCAGUGAUGACUUCUUUUCUUCCUGUGGUCCAACAAGCUGCACAGAUGGAACUCAUGACACCCUGUUAGGGGUGAUGCUAUGCUGCCUCAUUGUCCUUCUUCUGUGGAGUUUAAAACUUGCCAAAAAGUCAACCAUCACUCUGUACAUAGAUGAGAGACAUUCAGGAUUUGAAGCUGAAUCUCUACAAUCACUGAAACCCAAACACAGAAGGAGGCUGCACACUGAUUAUCUCAAUUAUACCACGGAUCUAGAAAAACCACCUCUCAACAUGGAGUUACUGCCACAAGUAAUGGAUGUGUUGCACAAGAAGCACAAUAUAAAGAUAAAGACUACCUGAAGGACCUCUACUUUAAAAACACUACAGGUGGCAAUGUCAUAUAGUUUUUAACAUUAAAUUUGUUUUCAACAAAAAAAACAAAAAAACAACAAAACUGUCUCCUUAAAACUUCCUUUGGGUACUCUUUGUUGUUUGUUUUCUAUCAGUUCUACCUAGCUCAUUUGGGCCCAAUGCUUCAGGUAAAUAUAUUUCCUUAAUCUUUUGAAAAAUAUUUUUGAAAUUAAAGCACAAUAAUUAAAUUUCCUAAUUAUUGACACAUUAUGGGAGAGUUACUUAAGAGUCAUCACAUAGGAAAACCAGUAUAGAUCUAUGAUAGACACAGGAACAUGGAGAUGAUAUAAGAGCUGAUUUAUUCAUCAUACAAGACACUCCACAGAUAGGA